ACCACCAAGCAUUUUGACAAGCAGGGCACAAGACGCUUCGCGGCGCGGCCUUCGUAUUGGGGUGACUUGACCUACAUUGAGUAAAUGCCAAGAUGGCGGUUCGUUCUCCACCGCUGACUGGGAGCUUGUCACUCCCAGCCACCUACGUUGGACCCCGUACCCGGAGCCUUUUCCCGCUGCAUGACCAGGUUUCUUUGUGCGAUGAUUUCGACAAACGCGCGCAGCUUAAAGGCGCCAUGGAGACGCAGGCUUUCUGCCGUCGCACGCACUCUUUCCAUUGCUCUGUCGUGAUUAUUCAGCGUCAGCAUGAGGGCUUUGAACGCGUGGACUGCUGCUCUGCUCGCAGUCGUGCCAUUGGCAUCCGCAUUGUAUGAGAAUGGCUCUCUGAUCGCCCCGUGCGAUUCGCCAAUUUACUGCUAUGGAGACCUCCUGCGCGAGAUUGAGCUUGCGCGGCCGUUUGAGGACUCAAAGACGUUUGUGGAUCUGCCAACCAUCAAACCCCUCAACGAAGUCAUCGAAGCAUUCAAUAACCUCGAAAGGCCGAUCCAGAACAACACUGCUCUGAACGACUUCUUGAGCGAGUAUUUCGGCGAGGCUGGCGGGGAGCUAGAGGAGGUUCCGAAUGAUCAACUGCAGACACAGCCGGAUUUCCUAGAGAACGUCAACAGCUCAACGGUCGCCGAUUUUGUAUCCCAGGUCAUCAAUAUCUGGCCUGAUCUGACCAGGCGCUAUGCAGGGCCGGGCAAUUGCUCGGAAUGCGUCGACUCGUUCAUCGCCGUCAAUCGCACCUUUGUCGUAGCCGGCGGUCGCUUCCGAGAGCCGUAUUACUGGGACUCUUUCUGGAUCAUCGAAGGACUCUUGCGCACCCAGGGCUCCUUCACUCAGAUUGCGGAGAAUAUUAUCGAGAAUUUCUUGGACCUCGUUGAGGAUUAUGGGUUCGUGCCGAACGGGGCGCGCAUAUACUACCUAAACCGGUCUCAGCCUCCUCUCCUGACGCAAAUGCUCCGCAUCUAUGUGGAGUACACGCAAAAUGCAACGUUACUGGAAAGGGCGUUACCUCUGCUAGAAAAGGAGUAUGAGUUCUGGGUCAAUAACCGCACCGUGACCCUCGAGCGCGCCGGUAAGAACUAUAGCCUUAACCACUACGCCGUUCUCAAUACCCAACCGCGUCCAGAGUCCUAUUACGAGGACUAUGUAACCGCUAACAACGAAUCUUACUACAAUGAAGCUGGAGAAGUCUUCAACGCGACCACGCCCCUCAAUGACACUGAAAUGGCCCAACUCUACGCCAAUCUUGCGUCCGGAGCUGAAAGCGGCUGGGACUAUGGCACGCGCUGGCUUGCGAAUCCUUCGGAUGCUGUCUCCGAUACCUUCUUCCCGCUACGGUCGCUGAACACCAUGAACAUCAUCCCAGUAGACCUCAACUCCAUCCUCUACUACAACGAGAUCACCAUGGCUGAGUUCUAUCAACGCGAGGGGAACUACACUGCUGCUGCAGCAUGGGCGCGGCGUGCCGCGGACCGAAGCGAGGCCAUGACAGCCCUGUUGUGGGACCCUGAGCAUUUUAGUUACUUUGACUACAACUUGACGUCCGGAACCAAGAACAUAUACAUCCCCAGGGAUAAUACUACCGUAGCCGACGAUCUACACGGCGCGCCUGCCGGUCAGCAGGUCUUUUUCAAUAUCGCGCAAUUCUACCCUUUCUGGACGGGGGCUGCACCCGACGCCAUGAAGAAUGACCCAUCGUCCCUUCGCCGGGCUUUUACGCGCAUUGAGGAGUUACUGAAUGAUAGGGCUGGAGCUAUUGCGGCUACAAAUCUCCAGACUGGCCAGCAGUGGGAUGAGCCGAACGUCUGGCCUCCGCUCAUGUACAUCCUGAUGCAGGGCCUCCUCAACUCGCCCGUGGACGCCGCCUCCGACAACCAGACCGCUGCAGAUUAUGUUUGGACUCAAGACCUGGCGCUUCGGCUCGCACAGCGGUACCUGGAUUCAACGUUCUGCACGUGGCGCGUAACGGGCGGUGCUACGCCGGAUAUGCCUCGUCUGCAAGACGCCGAGGGGAAUGGAACAAUGUUCGAGAAGUACGGGGAUAAUUCGACAAAUGCUGCAGGUGGAGGCGGCGAGUAUACGGUUGUAGAGGGUUUCGGGUGGACUAAUGGUGUUCUGAUUUGGGCUGCAGAUUUGUUUGGGCAGCAGCUCAAGACGCCGGACUGCGGGAAUAUUACUGCGGCUGAUAUUUCUGACAAGAAAAGGAAGAGGAAUGCCGUUGAGCUGCCGAAGAGAGAUGCGGCGUGGAUCAAGAAGUUCAACUAGACCAGUGCUAGUGAGUAAGCACCGAGGUGUCUAUGCCUUUAGCAAUGUAGGCACAAUGAGUGUUCAAGAUUCAAGCUCACACUUGCAUACCUCGCGAGUAAUCCAGUGCUCAACGUUCG